UUUGGCGUUUGUCGAUUCCAUCAGAAUAGUCGACUUUUUGUAAGAUUUAUACUAUAGGAACAGUCACUCGUUGGUCUAUAUCUAUAUCAACACACGCUGAAAUACACCAGGUCAGGUGCCUGGGAUCGGGACUUCGAUACUGUACAGUCUGACAGUUGUCGGUACAUUCGGGGAGACUACAAGUACCGAUUCAGCGACUGGCUUUUAAUCGACUUUUUUUCAAGCGAAUUAAUUGUGGAAUUUUAAGAAGGAAUAUUGUUUGACUGGGAGUAUUUUGGAGAAACAACUUGUUAACACCAGCAAAAAGAAAUCUAGACGAUCGCAGCCAUGGCUAAACUCAAUGGAACAGUAAACUCUGUCAGCAUGGAGAAUGGGGACGCGGACGUUCCGAUGCUGGAGCUAGGCACACAUAGCUAUACACUACCAAAGUUCCGAUAUGUCAACAUUUUUGGUUUCUUCCUAUUGGUGGAUGCUAUUGUAUCAGUUAUCCUCUGGUUGACCGGUGGAGACUCUCAUUAUUUCAUACACAAUAUAACUCAUUUCACAAUGACAUCGUCAGUGUUUGACCUUGCCCUUCUGUCGGCUGUCAAGUUGGUGAUCCUUAUCGGAAUCGUCCUUCCAUCCUUAGAAAAUUCCUCGUAUCAGCUGAUAGAGAUUGAUAACACGACCCAUAGACAGUUGAAGGCCAAGAAGAUUCGCCUGCAUGUGUGCCUAAUUAUACUCACUAUAGGACUGUUAUCAUAUACAACUACCAAAGGGGCAUUAGUUCUACAUGCAUACAAGGACACGGAUAAUUACACUGUGAUGCAUGCUACAUACAACACCCUAGUCAUCUUUGCGUUUGUAUGCAGCUUGCUGGAAGUAUUAUUUGCUCUUUCAAGCUUCACUAUGAUGAGGAGAUUAAAAACUGUGAGAAUUCUGCAUCGCUUUAAUGAUGAUGGAGAGGAGAUUGGAAAAGAUGGCGAACCUUUAAAGAGGAGUGUGACCUUUUCUAGAUUGGCAGCUCUUGCUAAACCUGAAUUGGGCCUGCUUGGGUUCGCCUCGAUAGGUUUGCUGUUUUCCAGUGCCUCCCAGAUGGUGGCGCCACUGUUCUUUGGAAAAGUGGUCGAUGCUGCUCAGCAUAGUAUCAGUGAGCUAACGAGAACUGUUCUAAUUAUGCUGGGAAUCUACCUGGUGGGAAACUUGUUUGGAAUGAUCCGUGCCUGGCUGUUUACGCUGGCGGGAAUGAGGCUAGUGGCUCGGCUCCGUAAACGACUUUUCAACUCUAUCAUCCAACAGGAAGUGGCCUUCUUUGAUGUCAACAGGACAGGAGAACUCUGUAACCGGCUGUCCUCAGAUACACAAGUCUUACAGAACGCUGUCACGGUGAAUAUGUCCAUGUUGGUUAGAAAUGUACUACAGCUGAUUGGCUCCCUCGGUUUCAUGUUUUACCUCAAUCCCGCGUUAACAGGUGUGCUGUUGUCAGUGGUACCUAUCGUGUCACUUGGAGCUGUCCAAUAUGGAAAGCUGGUAAAGAAAUUGAGGAAGAAAUUCCAGGAUAAGUUGGCAGAUGCUGGAACAAUGGCAGAAGAAAGUCUGUCCAGUAUCAGGACAGUACGGACAUUCUCGGCUGAAGGGAAGGCGGGGCACAUGUAUGGAGUGGAGAUUGACGAGAGUUACAAUGUGGGAAAGAAACUAGCUUUAGUAACAGGUGGUUUCACCGGCGUGAUCGGGACUGUGGCCUACGGGGCCAUUACUGUUGUGCUGUGGUAUGGAGGAAAGUUAGUGUACGAUAACCAACAUGGCACGCCGACUGGCCUCACACCUGGUAUUCUUACCUCUUUCCUUCUGUAUACACUACAAGUGGCCUUGGCUUUCACCUUCACAACAGCACUGUAUGGGGAUUUCAUGCAGGCUGUUGGGGCAUCCAUACGAAUAUUUGAUUUGUUGGACCGACAACCGAAAGUCUCCAACGAGAAUGGUGUAGUCCUUGGAUCUAUAGAUGGAAGGGUCGAGUUUGACAAUGUCAAGUUCACAUAUCCAUCUCGUCCAGAAACUGAAGUCCUCAAGGGCAUUUCAUUUACCUUAGAGCCAGGUAAAGUGUUGGCACUGGUGGGGCCCUCUGGUGGAGGAAAAUCAACUAUCGUCAAUCUGAUAGAAAGAUUCUACGACCCUGACUCAGGCACAGUGUCUUUAGGAAGUAACAAUCUCCGUGAACUAGAGCCACGCUGGUUCCGUCAGAAGAUUGCCAUGGUUAGUCAGGAACCCACACUGUUUGCCUGUAGCAUCAAGGAGAAUAUCGCCUAUGGCAAGACUGCAACAGAUGCUGAGAUUCAGGAGGCAGCUAAACAAGCCAAUGCCCACGGCUUUAUCAGCGAGUUUGAGAAAGGUUACGAGACACUAGUUGGUGAACGGGGGAUCCGUCUCUCAGGGGGACAAAAACAACGUAUAGCCAUCGCCCGCGCUCUCAUAAUGGAUCCUGUUCUACUCCUACUGGACGAGGCGACCAGUGCAUUGGAUGCUGAGAGUGAACAUCUGGUCCAGGAAGCCGUGGAGCGAGCCAUGAAGGGGCGCACCGUUAUAGUGAUUGCCCACAGGUUAUCAACUGUCAGAAACGCUACUCAGGUGAUCGUGAUAGAUAAAGGAGUUGUAGCAGAGAGUGGCACUCAUGAUGAACUGAUUUCUAAAGAUGGUGUAUACAAACGCCUCGUUCUACGACAGCUCAUGGCUGGGAAUGCCUCGUUAAAUGGGCCGGCUACAGAGGACGAUGGAAACGACAACAAAAAAGACACAAUUUUCACCAUCGGGGAUAGUGACAGUCACUCAACUUCUCUACACUGACAACAGGGAUGUUAGGGGCAUUUUCAUUCUUUAGUGACCUAUUGCGAUCUCCUUUUGUCUAACGUCGUGUGUCAUAAACAAUUUACAUUUUUGACCUAGAGGCCAAGGGUUAUCAUAUUGGGCCAGUAGCAUGGUGAUAUAAAUAGCUACGAUGUUCCUUGACUUGAUUUCAAGGUCAUUGAGGUUAAAUGUGUUAUAAAACAAAUAAAAUGACCUCUUCACAAUGGCCAAUAGGCCCAGGGUCAGGGUAUUGGGCCAGUUUCAUGCUUGGAUUAAGGGUUACCAAAGGUAUUCAAAUGAAUGACCUUAAUAUACUCUCAAGGUUAAAAGAUCCAAAGUGUUAAAAUCUUUUAAACAACUUCUCAAUAACUAAGA